GCUUACAAGAAACAAAUGAUUAUCUGAACAGAACUGUAGGAGACGGUCACCGUUGUCGGUUCGCUGGCACGGAACUCCAUAGGUGCCACCGACAUCCUUCUCAGAUUGACACAAUUUCCCUACUUGAGCAUUAAAGUCACCAGCUAGAACGACUAUAUCUGAGCGUUUAGCCUUUCUCACCAAACUAGACAGCUUUUGGUAGAACUCAUCCUUCGUUUCAUCCGAACUGCAGUCAGUGGGGGCGUAGGCGGAGAUUACGAAAAGGCAUCGGCGAGUAGUGCAGUCCUUUCUCCUUCUUACUGAUCCGUUCAGACGGACAGCACACAUUCGGCUAUCUACCGGGAUCCAGUCAAGCAAUGUCUUUUCUGCCCUAGUACUCAAGCUAUCCCUACGCCAGCUAAUCCUCGUGAACUAGCUGUGGCAUCUCCUGACACCCUCAAGGUGAAUUUUGAAGAUUCAUCCUGUUGGCCAGGUGGGGUUAGGUGAAUAACCACACUUGGGUCUUGUAUGCGUGUUUCUGAAACACAACAUACAUCAAUGGCUCGGAUGCCAGGGUCUUAGCUAGUGAUGCUUGUUGUCCUAUUUGGCAAAGUGUCCUAACAUUAAAUGCUCCUAUAUGAAAUUGGUGGCGUGGCUUUAGGAGACUAUCGGUGGUUUUUUGGCUUUCGUCGUUUUUAGUGGACACAGAGUGAAGAGGGAGUGAGGAGCCAUCAAGUAGAGGAGUUGCAUCAGUGGGAGGAAGGCAAGGUAAUAGAGAUGAAGAUGAAGACAAAGAUAAGUGAGGAUUAGAGAGGUUUUGUGUGCAUUUUGGAUUGUGAGGGCGUUUGUUACUUCCCGGCUGCCCACACCGUGGAAGUUGGUUGCGUGACCGCAGAGCCCAGGGGACAACUGCUUGAGGCCGGUCACACGCGGCCUGUUUUUGUUUGGUGUGCCUCAGUAGCAUACUUAUCACUCCUGCCCUGUGACACGGCAGCAGGAAGCGCGGUCGUUGUUAAUCCGGGCCACGGCCGAUCCGGCAUGAAAUUUUGUGAAUUUGUUUGAUCAUGGUAUUGGAUGGGUAGCUGCUUUUUGUUUAACCGCUAUCCAAACAACCUGCCUGGCAUGGUAGAACCUCAAGAGACAUAAGUCUCAGCCAGUAUAGCUUGAUUAGGUCAUUGCGGUGUUCAAGCCCGACCACCACGUCAAGGUAGCAGCUUUCGGUCGGGAUAUUAAGCCUGACACAUUAUCAGAUAUGACUAAGAGUUGAAAUAUAUAACUAACAUGCUGGCAUUCUCCGCUUUCUUUUUCUGAAGUGAUACAAAGUUAUAAUAUGAACAACAAAUUGUGUUCGAAACCUCAUUGCAUUAAAUCAUACUGUUUCAUUCUUACUUGUCCAAUUAGCAAACUAAUAUCGGAAUAGUAAAUGUUCCUUUCAAUGCUUUUGAUAAAUGUGCUUACACCCGUUCUGUUUCAUUCUGUUGUCUACUAACUCUAUUCUCUUUCACUUAUAUCGUCUAUUUUUUCCUGUGAAUCUCACCUUUUCAUAAUUACACAAUGAAAUUUGUUUUGAAUAAAAUAAAUUUGGUAAGUAGAGCUGGUCGACCAAUAUGACAUAACGACUAGAAGUUCAUGCAUAUAAUUGUUUAACAACUUUAAGGGACUGGAAAUGUUAUUUCGUUUUUCAAAUUAUUUAGCAAUAGUUGCUUUAUCAAGCUCCAUUGUAAAAAUUGGUUGGGAAAUAUGUUACGCAAAUGAAGCCAUCGUUUCUCUCUGCUAGCUAUGAUGAUUUAAACAAUGCUUAGCUGGAGAAUAUUUAGGAGUGAUCUCUUACUGCAGGUUCGAUACAUGUAUGGGCAUAUAGAUUGCUUGGUUAGAGUCCUCAGGAUACCAAGAAUCAACUGUUUUAGACUAUUGGUAACAUGGUUCAAAACCAUUGACAAUAAUGCUUGUCACUUUCCAGAUUCUGAAAAAUCUGUACUAAUCUUCACCUAACAAUUCUUUCUCCCUGGCAUUUUCGUUUGCUGUGGUCUUGUUAUGUUUCCUUUCCUCACUGUAGUAUGCUUUUCAAAAGCAUGACAACUUGCACUGACGUAGAUUGUGUUAACUUCCGUCUUUAUAAUUCGGUCCAGUUUGCAAAAUUCGAUAAACAUGGCGAAACUGUGGCAAGUGGUUCUAACACUGGAAAAAGCCGGUUAGUUUUGACGGAAAUCAAAAGACAAAGGUAACAGGUUGUAAAGCUACUGUUUUUUGAUGGAGGUGCGUACGGAGUCGAUAUUUCUUGGUUACGUAGGCCGUGGCAGCUGACUGUCAUGUGAAGUAUGUUUAGUGAAAACAGGAUUACUUUAGCUUUACCUAUAAACGCAGAUGUCUUUUAAGUUAGACCAUAUUUAGUCUCCGUUUUCAGAUUAAGUUUAAGGAGUCUUGAUUAUUUGGAUAACCCUACCUAUUGGGUACGGAACUAUUGUAACGAAGCAAGAUAUACACCUUUGGAGUUACUAACCCUUUCUUUCCAAUGUGGCAAUACAUUAUAUGUAGCUAACUGGUUGCGCGACGGCAGCACCUUACACUCACCCUUUCUAUCUUAUUAUUAUGUAGGUAAUUCGCCUAAUGAGGGUUAUUCCUUUUACUUAACUCUAGUUGUCUGGUUAAUAUACGUGUAAAACUUGUGCACUGUAGUAAUAUGUAAUUCCAUAUUAAUUUGUUUAUUAGGUAUGUCAAACAGUGAAAAAUUAUUGCGACGACUUCUAAAAUCACAUCUGCUAGGUUAAUGCUUUCCAUAUGAAAAGAAGAAUUGUCAUCUCCUUUCUCAACUCUCUUUGCAUCCUCUUUCAUUGUUGACCUAAGUGAACUGUGUGAAAUAUUAACCGAACAGAUUUUCAACUAUUACUGUUAUUAUGGAGAAACAGCAUCGUGAUGUUAUCAGAAAGUUACGCGUCUAUUUUGUGAAGAAUAUUUCUAGCUUGGAAGAAAUCUUGGAUAUACUUGAAUCGUCUAUGAUUAUUACAGAAAAUCAACGGCAAUCAAUACUUUGUGCGACAACAAUUGCGGAAAAAAUACGCAAAUUCUUAGAUAUUAUAGUGAGAUGUGGUCCACUCGCUUAUGACAAAUUUAAAAGUGCACUUUUAGAAACCAAUCAACAGGAUAUUUAUGAUGUCAUGAAUGAAACGGAGAAGAAUAACAUUCCAGACGAAAAACCUAGUUCAACAGAAUGUCAUUCUGAUAAAAGAAAUGAAAGUCUCAUGAUCCCAGAUAGGGUGAACAUACAUCCAUUGACGCCGUACACUGUAACUUCAUCUCCACAUGGCUAUGUUCUCAUAAUCAAUAUUGAAGAGUAUACUCGUGAGUCUGGUGUACCUAGUCGUCAUGGUUCAUCUCAAGAUGCUUCUAAACUUCAACGUCUUUUUGAAGACUUCCAUUACAGUGUUGCUGUUGUUAAAGACCUUACAGGUGGAAAUCUAAAAAGAGUAGUGGAAGAAUUCUCCUGUAAAUCAGAACAUCGUAAUGUCCAUGCAGGUGUUCUUAUUAUCCUUGCACAUGGCCUGGAACAUCAUAUCAUAGCAAGUGAUGGUACUUAUGUUAGUAUUGAUGAAUUGGUUGGUUGUUUCACCAACAAAAAAUGUCCUCUUUUAGCUGGAAAACCUAAACUAAUACUAAUACAAGCUUGUCGAGGUGAAGAACGUUGUCAUAAUGGUCUUGUAAAACGUGAUUUUUCAGAUUCUCUAUUAUUAAGUUCCUGUGAAGUAUCAUUAGAUCCUAAUUCUUGGUUAUCAUUACCGCAUAUGAGUGAUUGUGUAAUUGUAUACUCCACUUUGCCUGGAUUUGUAUCUUGGCGAUCAGAGACAGAUGGAAGUUGGUAUGUGAAAGUUUUUGUUGAAGUAACUAGACUACAUGGGCAUAGGUUACACAUUCUUGAACUUCUAACAGAAGUGAACAAUGUUCUUGUCUCUGAAGCAUCAAACUAUAACAUCAAACAGAUAUCACAACCUGUGACAACACUUACGAAACCAUACUAUCUGUCUACUCUCAAAACAUAAACAGGUACAUACAUACUAUUUUAGUGUUCUCAUAGAUAUUUUUUUCUAAAUUGUAACAAUUAUUAUUCUAGUUUUUUUUGUAUACAAAACUUUUAGUCCUUUUUCUACAUGUGAUAUAGAUGCCUUUAUUUUUAUUAAGGCGUUUGUGUUUUCUUACUUCACUAUUGUUAUACCGGUGUAAAUAUUAGAGGAAAUGAUUUUGAAUCAUAUUAUCGCUUUACUACACAUAUUAUUAUUUCCCUUAAUUCCUAGCGGAACAUGAAACUUCAGCCGCGCGUCUCCAUUGCGUUCGGUUUUCUGCCAACUUUUUCACCCCGCUCCAAGUCUCUCCGCAUGCUUUCAUCUCCUCUUCACACUACCUCCUCCAAGUCACCCUUGGACGACCAACUCACCGCUUCCCUUUCGAGUUCCACUCAAGGGCUUGUCUAGUGAUGUCACUUGAUGGUUUUCUCAGAGUAU